AUGCUGAGAUUAGUUGUUCUCGUCGCUCUUGUUUCCAUUCCAUGCGUCAUCGCUGCUCCAGAAAUUGAAUCUGAAUCUCCAGGACUAGACGUCCUCUACAAGAAGUUGAUGAAGAAACAGGAAAACGUGAAAAAUGCUCGUCUUAUUGAUUUCAUCAGCAGAGGAGCUCCAUCCGGAGUCGACGCUCCAAUCCCAUCGAUUGCUGAAUACGAGACUUUCAAAUCUGACAAAUCAGUCAACUUCCUAAGCGAUGGAGCUGGCCAUAUUGUAUUCCGUCAAUUCAGAAGAAUCAGAAUUUCUGAUUUACUCGGAUCUCAAAUGAAAUCUCGUCCAGGACUCCGGUUGUAA